AUGGAAAAUCAAAAGGAUGACCUCAAGUGGUUCGGUGAGGGAUUUGACGGGUUUCCGAAGAAGUUACCGGACGAUGUCGUCGAAUACAUGGUCUUCAUUAUAGACUCCAGGCUUUCAGAUCUCCAGACUAGAGAAAGACUACAGGCUUUCCAACGCGCUCUCAACACUCUGGAGAAGAAGUUUCUGAAAGAGUACAUCUGGCAACGCGACCCACUCAAACUUGAGUUGGUUCGUGAAGAAAACCAAUGGCUCCUUCGCGGUCGCACCAACUAUGGAGAUAGCGUCGCAGAUGAAUGGCUCAUCGUCUACUUUUUGCGAGAGCUGAGCAGGGAGUUCAAAGACGCCUGGAUACGCAUCUACGACAGCGAUGGAGAAUUCCUCCUUAUCGAAGCUGCGAAUGCACUACCAAAGUGGCUCAACCCAGAGGUUGCAGAGAACAGAGUCUGGAUCAACAAUCACCGACUGCUCAUUAUCCCUCUAGGAAAGGAGGAGGAGCCCGCGCCACUGUCCCAGACGCAAGCGCUGCAAAUCAUUCAUGAUACACCGGCCCGCCCACAGCAGUACAUCAAGGUUGAGAAAGAGGCAUUUCAUCGGUUGAAUGGUUACCCAGCCGCCAUAUCAGACAACCAGCAUCAUGCAACCGUGCCACUCCCAAGAAAAGUUGCACAUAUCCUGCAUGUCAACCCAUCGUACAUUGCACCAGUUGUAGAGGCAUUUUAUCUCCGCGACCCCAUCUCAAUACGUCUUUUACAGCCCAGCAAGUCAAAAAAAGCCUUGAUUUUCCCGCCUGAAGACUUCGUCGAUGUUAGUGUGCGCUUUACGAAAGUGCUAUAUGCUCAACUUCUUGGACAACACUGGGAACCAACGGAACCAUGGAAUACUGCGCUAGAACAACUCUUGAAAUCGGGCAAACCGACUGAAAAGACCGAAAUUGGUAUCAAGAUUGCAGCUGGAAUGCAGAUGCUACUUUCGCACUCCAUCUACAUCUCUUACAAGUCCACGCGCGAAAUUUCUCUUCUGCUUGAGGAUCUCGAUAAUGGUGAUGAUGCGCUUCCGACAGAUGCAGAGAUUACUAGCUGGCCAAAACGCGACGAUGACGAAGGUUGGCUGAACAUUGACUUUGCUGAAUUUGAGAAAGAACUGGAGGGCAAAGGUGGUGGGGCGAAAGAUGGGUUUGGAGACAAGAAUGCUCAAGAGAACCUGAAAAAGAUGGUCGCCCGCUUUAACGACUUCUUAGCUGACAAUGAAACGGGCGCAGACGGUGCUGACGCAGGGUUGGAUCCAAUGGAUGUGGACAACGACUCAGAUGCUGAAGGAAGAGGAUGGGAAGACCCUGAGGAUAGCGACUCCGAUGUUCAAACUAGCCCCAAAGGGAAAGCCAAGGCGGAAGAAUUCACUGGACACGCAGGAAAUGAUACAGACGAAGAGACCGACGCUGCAGCUGAUGCCGAAUAUGCCGAGUAUGAGCAAUCUUACGAGAAGUUUAUGAUGCUUUCUGCUGCUGAAAAAGCUAUUCUCACCGAUGAAGCGCGGGCUCUGGCACGCGAACAAGACGCCGAGAAAGAAGAAGACGAGGAAAUCCAAAAACUUACCGAAAUGAUGGAGGCGGAGCUUUUCAGCCAUGGCGCCUUGAAUAUCAAUCCAAAGCCCGACCACAAACUCUCGAUUGAAGGUAAAGGCAAGGGCAAGGCGAAGGUGCCUGCAAUUUCAGAAACAAAGGAAUAUGGCGAUGACGAUGACGAUGACGAUGACGAUGACGAUGACGAUGACGAUGAAGACAUUGAUUUAUUGGACGAAGACCACAACCUUGUAGACAACAUGCUCAAGGCAUUCAAGGGCCAAGCUGGAAUGUCUGGGCCAGCGGGAAAUAUGAUGAAAGCCAUGGGCAUUCAGCUUCCUCAAGAUGCUGAUGAUGAAAUCAAAGGUUCAGGUUCUAAAGUAAAGAAAGAGAGUACGUAG